AUGGAAGAUAUAGGGAAUGCAUAUUUUAAUAUUCUAUUGCAAAACUCCUUUUUUCAAGAUGUUAUAAAGGAUGAAUAUGGAGUUGUUAUAACAUGCAAGAUGCACGAUCUUGUGCAUGAUCUUGCAGAACUAGUGUCAAAAUAUGAUAGAGAAGACAAACCUGGCAUUCGACAUAUGGCACAGACUCCUAUCACACCACAAGGAAUUUCAAAAAGCAAUGUUGGGAAAUUGCGGUCCCUAUUUUCAAAUGGUGAAGGCCUUAGCAAUGGCUUGUCAAGUUUUAAUGCUUUACGUGUGUUGAAUUUAUACAAGGCUAACAUUGUGGAGUUGCCAAGCUCAAUUGGCAGGUUGAAACACUUGAGGUAUUUGGAUGUUUCUGAAACAGGAAUCAAAGAACUUCCAAAAUCUAUUGGCAAGCUUUAUAAUCUGCAGACGUUAAGAAUGUGUGAUACAUGGAAUCUUGGAAGGUUUCCAAAGGAAAUGGAAAAUUUGAUCAACUUGAGGCAUGUUUAUUUCGACUAUGAAAGGGAAGUUCCAUUUGGGAUGAGACGAUUGACUCGUCUGCAAACAUUACGUUACUUUACUUUGGAUAGGGAAAGGAAUCAUGAAAUUGGCGAGUUGGGUGGCUUAAACCAAUUAAAAGGUGAACUAACUAUCAGAUCUUUGGAACAAGUGAGGGACAAAGACGAAGCAGAGGAAUCAAAUUUAGGUGGGAAAGCAAAUAUACGAAUUUUGACAUUACAGUGGGGGUCUUACAGCCCCAGAAACAACACGGAGAGUGAUGUACUAGAAGGCCUCCAACCGAACCCUAAGCUAGAAAUCUUAGAGAUUGAAAACUUCAUGGGUGUUAAAUUAGCAUCAUGGAUGAUGAGUGGUUUGUUGCUACUUGAUUUGAAAGAGAUCUGGUUAUCCAACUGCAGAGAAUGUGAAGAAGUCCCAUCACUUGGCCAUUUACCACAUCUUAGGCAUGUUGGAUUCCGAGGUAUGGAUAAGCUUAAAUGUGUGGGAGUUGAGUUUUAUGGUUAUAGCCAUGUUUACGGUGCUGCGGCGGGUACGAGUACGAAAAGGGUUGAGAUGAGGGCGGCUUUGUUUCCAUCAUUGAAAACUUUAAGGUUUUAUAAUUGCCCAGCUCUUAUUGAAUGGAAGGAAGUCGAUGUGAUUACGCCAACAGAUGAGAAAGCAGUUGUGUUUCCCUGCCUUGAGGAGUUGACUCUUUGGAAUUGCAGGGAAUUGAGAAAUGCUCCAAAUCGUUUUCCAUCUCUCCAGAAGUUGUUCAUACAUGAUAGUGACCACGUGAUGCCAAUAGAAAAUAUGUGCAGUCAACUGACCACUCUCACUCGCCUUGACAUUGGUGACGCCAAAGAGCUUAGUUGUCUGCCAGUAGGGAUGCUGGAAAAGAACCAGAAUCUUCGGUCACUGCUUAUUGGCGAUUGUGAAAAGCUUAGCCAUUUAGAUGGGCUACACACACUACGUCUUCUUGAGAAAUUGGAAAUAGCUGAUUGCCCUAAGCUAACAUGCAUUUCAAUUCACAGUCUCACCUCCCUUCGGGAAUUGCAUAUUGAAAAUUGUGGUGAGUCAACGAAUCUACAAAUGGUUGAUGAGGAGUUUUCUUUAGAUGAUUUGACAAGUUAUGAAUGCAAUGGGCGGACAAGUAUACAGAUCAGUGGGCUACAGUCUUGUACCUCUCUACGUUGGGUACGUAUCAUAAAUUGUCAAAAUUUGAGGCAUUUACCGGUGGAUGGGCUACAAACCCUCGCCUCUCUUGAGGAGCUGUACAUAGAGAAUUGCACUAAUCUAGAAGCUAUUCCCAGUUUAGACAACCUCACAUCCCUCCGUGAGUUGUCUAUUUGUGGUUGUGGACUCACAAGUCCACCGAGGGGCCUACAAUCCUGCACAUCUCUUAACCGCUUGACAAUCAGUAAAUGCCACAAUUUGAUAUCUGUGGCAGAUGUCGAUGUAUCCAGGUUGCAGUCUCUUUCCAAUUUAGAAAUAUUUGAUUGUCGGAAAUUAAAAUAUUUGCCAACGGGGCUACGCUAUCUGAGUUUGGAAAGUAUGAAAAUCGGUAGGUUUUGGGAGGAGCUCGAUUAUUUCCCUGAUUUUGAGCUUCCAUCACAAAUCCGAUGGUUAAAGAUCUCAGGGUGGCCUAAGCUCAAGGCUCUGCCUCAACAGAUUCAACACUUGACUACUUGUCUAAAAUAUUUGUCUGUAAGGUCUUUCGACAGCAUAGAGGCUUUUCCAGAAUGGUUGGGUAACCUUACAUCUCUUAUCUCCCUGCAUAUUAAGGAGUGUAAGAAUAUGAUGUAUCUACCUACCUUUGAAGUUAUGCAACGCCUCACCAAAUUAACAGAACUAGACAUUGAUGGAUGUCCCCGUCUAGAAGAAAGAUGCGCCAAGGAGAGCGGCCCAGAAUGGCACAAGAUUUGGGACAUCCCAUAUGUUGUAG